AGCAACACUCCUGACGUGCUGCUUAUCCACUGUAACUAACAUAUACAGAAGAAGAAGUUCCCGAUGCAACAGCUAGGCAUCAACAUGCCUGCUGCUGUGAUUAUGGAGGAAAAUUAUGAUAAAUUAUUAGAGCAGUGUGAAGCUCAAGAGCUCGAGGCUCCAGGGGGCAUUGCAACACCUCAAGUGUACGCUCAGCUGCUGUCACUGUAUUUACUUCAUAAUGACAUGAAUAAUGGCAGGUAUCUCUGGAAACGGAUUCCACAAGCAAUAAAAUCGGCAAACCCUGAAUUGACAUCUAUUUGGGCUGUUGGCCAACGCAUUUGGCAGCGAGACUUUCCAGGGAUCUACACAACCAUCGCUGCUUUCCAAUGGUCAGAGAAUAUUCUUCCAGUCAUGGAGGCCCUUCGAGAGAGCACACGGCAAAGGGCGUACAGUCUAGUGGCCCAGGCAUACACUUCCAUCGCAGCAGAUGAUUUUGCUGCCUUUGUGGGGUACUCUGUGGAAGAGGCAGUAAAGGGUGUGGUCAGCCAGGGCUGGCAGGCAGACCCCGCCACCAGGAUGGUGAUGCCCAAAAAGCCCGAUCCUCCCCCGGUCUCAUUGGUUCCAAAUGAACAGCAGUUGGCCAGACUCACCGACUACGUGGCUUUCCUCGAGAACUGAUAACUCACCACCACCACUGCCACCCUUUCACUCGCUUGGUACAGAGGGAGAAUGCAAGUUUGGAUAGACUUUUCCUCCAGUCCCACUCUCUGAUAGAGAUGUACCAUCAUCUUGCAUGAGUGCUGCAAGCUCUUCUCCAAGACCUGCCUAUUUAAGUUCAUCCAUUCAUAUAGCUUCCCCUGUUCAUUCAUAAGCUAACACAUCUUUCAGACACAAUGUUGUAUUAUAUUCUUUUUUUCUUUUGCUCGCUGUAACCCACCAGAUGUAGAGAUGUGGGUCUGAGUUUAAAGGAGAAAUAUGUUUCUUAUCACUCACUCUCCUAACAUAGAAAUACACAAGCUAGUAUGUACAGAUGUCCUCUCUCAAGGUUGUCCCCAAACAAGUUGUCAGGUAACAGAAGGCUUGGUAUGCAUCAGUGUGUGGAUUUCAGACCUCAUAUUUUGAAAAGUAUGUUUUGACUGGUGAAUAAAUAUUUAGCUGUUUCUAA